GCGGCUGCCCCUCCACGCCUCAGCCGUCUUCUCCCGGCUCCAGAACCUUCGCCCAGCCGGGACCUCGGAUCCCCUCCUCUGGCUCGGCGGUCUCCGCCAGCCGCGACCUGCACUGACCGAGAGCUGGCGAGGCCAGCGCCGGGCAAGCCUCUCCAGAUCCGAAAUGAAGCCCCCUCCGCCGCUGUGCCCUUUUUGCGCGUCAGGCAGACACCCCCCAACCCAAGUGUCUGGCGCCGCGCUUGGGGCAGCCGAUCGCCGCAGCCUGCCGGGGUGGGGGUCGGCCUAGAUAUCUUGCACCCCUUCCGAUGCGGAGAAGGGAGACCAGGGGCAGCGAAGCCAUGAGGCUGGAGAGACCCAGAGGGACAUGUCUCCCUACCCCUAGGCGGACGGACGCGCCUACGCGGAUCAGCAGGUGCGUCAGACUCCCUUUAUCUUCCCCAGCCUUUCUAUGAGCCACAAAGCCCCCCUGGCCCUCUCCAAAGGCACAGCGUUUGGUUCUUCCGCACGGAGACACAUUGGGGCUGACCCACCGCUGCUGUCAGUGGGAAGCCAGCAGUGCUGGCCAAGAAGCAUCAUGGCUGGUGUCGUGCAGGUCUCCCUGGCUGCUCUCCUCCUGCUGCCUAUGGCCCCCGCCAUGCAUUCUGACUGCAUCUUCAAGAAGGAGCAAGCCAUGUGCCUGGAGAAGAUCCAGAGGGCCAAUGAGCUGAUGGGCUUCAAUGAUUCAUCUCCAGGCUGUCCUGGGAUGUGGGAUAACAUCACAUGUUGGAAGCCCGCCCAUGUGGGUGAGAUGGUCCUGGUCAGCUGCCCUGAACUAUUCCGAAUCUUCAACCCAGACCAAGUCUGGGAGACCGAAACCAUUGGAGAGUCUGAUUUUGGUGACAGUAACUCCUUAGAUCUCUCAGACAUGGGAGUGGUGAGCCGGAACUGCACGGAGGAUGGCUGGUCGGAACCCUUCCCUCAUUAUUUUGAUGCCUGUGGGUUUGAUGAAUAUGAAUCUGAGACUGGGGACCAGGAUUAUUACUACUUGUCGGUAAAGGCCCUCUACACGGUUGGCUACAGCACGUCCCUCGUCACCCUCACCACUGCCAUGGUCAUCCUGUGUCGCUUCCGGAAGCUGCAUUGCACACGCAACUUCAUCCACAUGAACCUGUUUGUGUCAUUCAUGCUGAGGGCGAUCUCCGUCUUCAUCAAAGACUGGAUUCUGUAUGCAGAGCAGGACAGCAACCACUGCUUCGUCUCCACCGUGGAAUGUAAGGCUGUCAUGGUUUUCUUCCACUACUGUGUCGUGUCCAACUACUUCUGGCUGUUCAUCGAGGGCCUGUACCUCUUCACCCUGCUGGUGGAGACCUUCUUCCCUGAAAGGAGAUACUUCUACUGGUACACCAUUAUUGGCUGGGGGACCCCGACUGUGUGCGUGACGGUGUGGGCUACACUGAGACUCUACUUUGAUGACACAGGCUGCUGGGAUAUGAAUGACAGCACAGCUCUGUGGUGGGUGAUCAAAGGCCCUGUGGUUGGCUCUAUCAUGGUUAACUUUGUGCUUUUUAUUGGCAUCAUCGUUAUCCUCGUGCAGAAACUUCAGUCUCCAGACAUGGGAGGCAAUGAGUCCAGCAUCUACUUAACAAAUUUAAACCCGCGAGUCCCCAAGAAAGCCCGAGAGGACCCCCUGCCUGUGCCCUCAGACCAGCAUUCACUCCCUUUCCUCUGCGUGCAGAAAUGCUACUGCAAGCCACAGCGGGCUCAGCAGCACUCUUGCAAGAUGUCAGAACUGUCCACCAUUACUCUGCGGCUGGCCCGGUCCACCCUGUUGCUCAUCCCACUAUUUGGAAUCCACUACACGGUAUUCGCCUUCUCCCCAGAGAAUGUCAGCAAAAGGGAAAGACUCGUGUUUGAGCUGGGGCUAGGCUCCUUCCAGGGCUUUGUGGUGGCUGUUCUCUACUGUUUUCUGAAUGGCGAGGUACAAGCGGAGAUCAAGCGAAAAUGGCGAAGCUGGAAGGUGAACCGUUACUUCGCUGUGGACUUCAAGCACCGACACCCAUCUCUGGCCAGCAGUGGGGUGAACGGGGGCACCCAGCUCUCCAUCCUGAGCAAGAGCAGCUCCCAAAUCCGCAUGUCUGGUCUCCCUGCUGACAACCUGGCCACCUGAGCCGUCCUCCCCUCCUCCUCUCCUCCAUCCACAGGCUGGGACUGCAGGCAGGCGCCAGCCCACGCAUGUUCGCGCCUCCUCCCUCCCCUUGGGCAGGCCCUGGGCUGGAAGCUUGGCUCCCCGAGGGGGAGAAGGAGGCAGGGCACAGACUAGGAUUGCCCCCUCGUUGUUUUGGUACUGGUCCCACCCACUGUGGUCCCCUGGGCCCUGACCCCAGACAUGUAAAUACUCCUCAAAUUUGGAAAAGUUGUUCCAUCCCUUUCCCCUUUGCCCCAGUGUCCCCCUCCUCACCUCCAGCCAGGUCUCAGCUCCAACCAUCUGCAUCUUGGUCAGCCUCAGUGAUGGCCUGACCCCAGCUGUGAGGCCUUGUGAGCUAAGGCUGAAGAGAGCUUGCCUGUAGGAGCUGGGGUGGUACCUGCCCCAACAGCUCCCUCAUCAUCUGAUUUUGGAUGUGACUCCUCGAGUGUGCAUGCCACUGUGGGGCUCUUCUCAGUCCUGGGCCCAAGUCCCUGAGGCCUAGCAGAGGGCCAGCUCAGGUGGCCAGAACGCCCCUUGGUGCAGAUCUCCUGGCACUCACCCAGCAUCUUGGUGUCUGGGUGCUCAGCUUCUGGGUCCCAGGGCAGUGGGACAGCUCCAAGGCUCUUCUCAUCAGAGACUUCAGUUUGGGUGGGGAGUCUGUAGGUCAGGGAAAGUUCUGGUGCUUUUCAUUUGACCCAAAAGGAGCCGAGAGCCAGACAUGUGUCUGUGAUUGGGAAAGAGACAGUUUGGGAGACCCAUGGAAGAAAACCUUUGCCAUCUCCAUUGUUUUAACCCCAGCUCAAGAUGGGCAGGGUUCUUCUGGUCACCUCCCAUCCACCUGUCCUACCCCCAUGGAUGCCUUCCAGAAGCUGUUUCCAACCACGCCCACCACAGAGAGUCCCUAAGCCCUCUCCUCCCCAUUUCUCCUAAGUCAAAGCCAUGACUAUGAUGAACCAGCCGCCUGCCUGUGAUGUCAGUGAAUCCUGAAUCACCUUUUGCCUCCACGCGCCUGAGUCUGGGGCCCAGGGCUCUCCUACCCCCACCCCCACCUCCACGGAUGAUGAGAUGUUCCAGAUACCAGAUCCUUGGGCCUGGACUCAACUAUUGAAAUCUGAGACCUCCGCAAAGAUGUCCCUUAUAUGCUCUUGACCUUGACUCACCAUGGGCCGCUAGGGUGUCAGGAGGAGAAGCCACACCCACUAUGCCCGUUCUGAUGGGGCACUUGCUUCCCACUACCUGCCUCUGGGUCCCCAGCUGCAGGUUGCACACCCUCAGCCUGAGAAUAUAAAAUAGGGCGGUGCCCAGCUGGGGAGGUAGAGGGAAGUGCUGGAGUACACGGUCCCUGUGUGGCCUAGUUUUCCAUGUCAUGUUUGGUGUACUCCUGUCCAAGUUCUGUUUGCAGACUUGUCUCAUGACGAUGUUCUGGAAUGCUUGGGGACUUUGGGUGGAAGAGGAUGUCACUUCAUUUUAUAAAGAGGAAGGGGCCUGGGGGACUUGGGAAAAUGUUUCUGGAGAGGCUUUCAGAAUGGCUGGAAAAGGCUCUUGUUGCUGUAAUUUAGAAAGAAUUCUGUGUCCUUGGCCAGUCAAGUAAGUCCCUGGCUCUUUGGCAAAGCCAGAGGAAGAAAGGAGGUACCUGACCUUUCCUGGGCAUGCUUGGUGACUCAGAUCGAUCAUGGAGUGUGCAGUGGCCCUUCUAUCCUGCACCUGACCUCAUGGUCCCCUCUGCCUGCACUAGUGUGUAUUACUGAAGCAAGCAUUCUGUGGCCAUCUUGCACUUUGGACACUGCGAAGGGGGCUGAGCUGCCUGGAAAGAGCCAUGGACUGGGGUUCAGGGAACUACACUCUAUCCCAGUUGGGUUCAGACUGCUAUGACUGUGGAUACGUUGCUCCCUGCCCUGUAUUUAAAUGAUUUUCCAGUUCGAAGCCAAGGCAGGUAAAAGGGCAUGCAACAUUGUGCCUCAUAUUAGGUUCUGAUGAGUGUGUGUGUGUGUGUGUGUGUGUAGAGGGAUGGACAGAAUGCCAUUUAUUUCCCUUUCUUAGAAAUGGACCUUCUGUCCCUUCCAUUUGAACACCACAGUGGAAGCUGAUGGACUGGAAGGAAGAACUAGGUCACGGACAUUUGAACAGGUGCCUUGGGCCUGAUGUAUAGACACAGUCAUAUAUACGUGGCUGGGUUGUGGUGCCUCCUCCAGAUCCAAGGAGCAGCCCCUGGGGAUGGACCCCAUUCAUUCAUCAUCACUCCCAACAGCAGGUCUGUUCAUUGUGGAAGAAGAAACUUUGGCAUUAUAGAGACAUCAUCGCAAAGCAGCAAAAACAAAAUCAACCCUGAGCCCCAUGCACUGUGCUGCUUCCUGAGCCCUGGCCCUGUGUCUUCAGAGAGGUUGCUCGUUCCUAUUGGCUGGUUGAUUUUUCUGUCUGAAUGAAUUUUUGCCAGUCUUGUGAGCAGAUGUACCUGAUGUAUUCUCAAUGUUCCAGGAGGUUCUGGCCUUCAGGGUCACAGGCAGUAGGUGGACAGCAUAAGGUCUGUGUAAAACUCUUCCCUCUCUGACCCUGUUUUCAAAUCUGUAAAAUGGGCAAUAAGACUAGAUGACUUUUAUAUAGCCUAAAGCAUCUCUGGAACUCUGUCUAAACACCAGCCAUCUACUUGAAAUGGGCCCCAGAACUGUGGUAUUUGCCUGGGCCAGGAAAGGCUAAUAAAUCCUGUCAUGUGAAGACAGCUUGAGACACUUGGGAAAAGUGGGGCUGGGGAGCAGCAGCCCUGUCAGACUCCAUCCCUGUUGGGGAUUAUUCCUGGGAAGGGGAUUCUCAUUUUGUGCAAUCCUGAAGGACCAAACUCACCCACAGGAGGCUGAAUUGGGAUAUAUAUAUAUAUAUAAUGCCAAUCAUUCUUGGGAUGGAGAAAUCUCUCUUUCCCUGUCACGACUGUCCAGCAAGGGAGUAGGCAGAGCGUCAGGGAAGGACUUUCAUCCUGGAGGAAAUGGGAUUCCAAGACAAGGAUGCUGAGGCUGUCAGGGAGCCAGAGAAGGGGUUCAAGUAUGGAAUGUGGGUAGCUGUGGUUCUGUGGUGGCCCCUAGCACUACAGACUUAACGACUCCCCACUUAAUGUCAAGCCACAUUCUCUGUACCAGUGUGUAGCUCUGUCACCCUGCUUGACGCAUCCAGUGGCUUACAGUGAGUCCUCUCUAACUCAGCCCCCUCUAAGCUGGGUUCUUUGCUGAGCAGGGCCAGGGAGCUAGAGCCAAGCCUGAGGCUUGAGAGACACCUGUAUCUACAAUCCUUGUCAAGGAUGCCCACUCACCUCUCUCAUCUGACCCUCACUCUUCAUGGAAGGGAAAGCUCAAAGGGUCUCUUUUUCUUUGAGUGAUACUCUUGCCUCCUUCAUGGCGACUCCAAGGUGAAGCCAGCAAGUAUUAAUACUUUGUUAUCAUAAAGUCCUCCUUGAGCCCAGGGACCAUGGAAGUCAGCUAGAAGAUCCCUGAGCAAGGAGCAGGGACUUGGGCUUCCAGAUUUGCUCCUGGCUUGUGUGACCUUGACUCAUUCCCCAUAUGACUUUGAGGAGGCUUACAAAAUGCUAAAGCUGGGAGGAAACGUGGAGAUCUGUAAGUCAAACCUCCCCGCUGGGCUGAUGAGAAAACACAGCAUGGUGCCUACCACCAUGGUGGGAUCCAGUAUGUUUUAUAAAUCUGAAUAAGUGGCUCACAUAUAUGCACAGCCCUGCACAUGAGCAGAAUGUGACACUCAAAGCAGCCAUGCACUAUGUAUGUAAUCUUGCACAGGACAGGGGCUCUGGUGACAGAAGGUUGUCCAGGACUCUACUGCAGGAGAAGCAAUGGAGUCAGCGUGGUAUGAGGAGACCUACUUUUCAACCUGGGCUUAGCCACCUGCUCUGUGAUCCAGGCCUUACCUUCUUUGGGCCUCGGCCUUCUAAUCUGAGUAAUGGAGAGGACAUGGUUGGCACUGUUAGCCCCACAGACCAAGGAUAAGGUUGAGAUGAGAUGGCUUGUAUGUGAAAAGAUUUUGGAAACUAUACAUAUGAGGGCUUGUUACUGGGAUGAAGACUGCUGAAAGGGACUCCUUGCUGUCUAUCUACUGCUUUGAGCCCUCCUGAGUUAACCUUUGCCCCAUUUGUAAAACCACCAGCAUCAGGAGUAAGGGGGAGGCCAAAGGGCUAAGAUGGACACAGAAUUCUAGGUUCAUCUGCAUCAGCUAAUUCAGUUUUCUGUUGGGAUUAGAGUGAGCAUACUUCCAUAGGAGUGAUAGCAGCAUUUCCUUGCCACUGCCCUGGGAGUCAACUUCAAGGAUCUGGGACAUUUCGCAAGUGGGUGUUGUAUCCAUUCCUUCUUCUUCUGAACUCAGUCUUGGGAUGUGUCUGUACUUGGCCAUAUGUAUCUUGUCUGAUGUCUGUCUUCUGAAGCUUUGCCUCUGUCAGGGCUAGAGUGGCGCAGCCCCUGGCAUCUCAGACAUGGUUCCUGGCUCACUCAUGGGAGCUGGACCAGCCUGGAUUUCAUCUCCCACAAUAAAGACAAGCCCCACAGACCUUACUGCUACCGCUGCUGCCAUUAAUGCUGUGCUCACAAUCUUGUCCAGGAUGUCACACUGCUGUAGAUGACUCAAUAAAUGUUUUACCAUUUUU